UUUGAAGGCUGACAGAACUUUGCUGAUAGAAUGAUAGCAAGAUAUUGGCUACGCUGUUGGGACGAAGUUUCAAUCGUACCAAAGCUCAAUCCAUGGUGUCAUCAGGCCGUACCCAACUCACCGACAGCACUUUUCAGCUCUAACCCACACCGGCAGCCCACCUCAUCCAUCAACCGUCCCUCGCUCACCUCCGCGUCCCCACCCAAGAAAAAGCCCCCGCGUCACAAAGUUUUGUCCUCGUAUCCAACGGUCUCUCGGCAGUCCUAAUAAAAUGGCGUGCUCCCCAAGCAUCCCCCAAGAUCACCCCUCUCUUGGCCCUCAUCGGCUACAACGCAGAUGAUCUGAUCAAACCGCCCUCUUCACCGCGGAGUAUUUAUGGGGCUGUUAGACCGGCGCUAGUCGCCCACUCGCCCCUGGGCGCAUGGGAAGUGCGGAUCUGAUAACUUUAUUCGCGCCCAUCCCGUCCCUGGUCCACGCGGCGCACGCGCCCCGACAUCGGCGCGCCCGGCCGCGGUUCCAAUAAAGUUAUCUGAUCCGUUCAUUUCCAGGAUGCCGGCACCUUAGCGCUAGUGCUAAUCGGAGGGUCAUCCGUCAAGUCAGCUCUUUAUCAGAUCAAAUACCGCGGAAAUGUGGGGGUUGAUGUGGGCCUAGGGCAUGCCGCAGCGUCCUGCGUGCGUGUGAG